AUGACUGAAAAUACAGAAGAAAAGACUUCAAAAAGAGAGGUAAUUAAACUUCUCAUUCAUUUGCCGGGGAAGAAGGAAAAGAUUGAACUCCAGUCCUUAGUAUCUGGUUCAAUUGAAGAUGUAGCUAGCACCAUCACAUCUCUUUCCACGACAAACUGCUUUACUUGCUUCAAACUGGCCACACUUGAAGGCUUCGAGCUCGACUCGCAGAUCACAUUAGAAGAGCUUUUAGAGGGGGAAGAUAUUGAAGUUUUAGAACUUGUCCUAAAAGAGAUGGCGUACACCGAAAGGGACGCCAGAGAACAUAUCAAACAUGUCAGAAAUGUUGUUGAUCUGGAGCCUGUUGGAUCUUCCAACUUUGGUGUGAAUGCUGGAAGCUCUCGUUUCGCCCUUCUGAACUUGGAUCCAGUUUCCAUCAAAAGUCCCAAUGAAGAUACCGAAGAAGCAAAGGAAACCGAAAACACUACUGCAGAAACUGAGAAAAAAGAAUCCGCAAAGAAACCUGAGCUUUCAGACGAGGAGAAGAGGCCAAUUUCUGAAUUUGUAAAAUCAUUCUUUGAUUUUGAGACUGAUACUAAAAAGGUGUCCUUGACUGCGCACGCCAAUAGUCUCAAAUUGUCUUUGAAACCAGCUGUCGAGGCUAUCGUACUGUCCUCUUGGAACCCGCCCACUCCGAGACAAAAAUUGAACGGUGAUUUACUGUAUCUUUAUGUUCAAACUAUAGAAGGAGAAGUGUACCAUAUCACUUCUCAUGUGUCUGGUUUUUUUGUGAACAAAUCCACUUUUGCCAAAUUUGAUGGCUCUUCAAAGACAUUGCCUAAUAGUCAGGGAAAGCCAAGAGUCAACAAGUCGCAUUCAUUGCUUUCCUUGUUAAACAAUCUUUCUCCCGCUUUGAAUAGGCAGUUGGUCGCAAAUAGAGAACUAUUGGCCAAAUUCGACUCAGCGGUUUAUCAACCGGCAACUAAUGCUACUCUUGCUAAUCCAUGGAUAGUAGAUUUGCCACUAGAUGCCCCUCAUCCUGAUUUGGCAAAGACUCAAUCUCUGUAUGUUGACGGUGGUAUUGACGGUGCUGAUCUCAUUAGAGACUGGAACGAUGACUAUCAAAAUAUCCGUGAGAUGCCCAAGUCAACUUUUCAAGAACGCAACCUCAGGGAACGGUUGCUAAACAAAACUUCGGCCGAUUUCACUGAAGCUGCAAUCAAGACUGCCAUUUCAAUCGUCAACAAAGAAUUUCUGCCUUUGAACCCUGAAAACAAGCCUGAAGAGCACAUAUUCCUUCGAAACGGUAUCUUUUAUUCUUUGGCCGUUGAUGGUGUGGGACAAUUUGCCAAAACUGGUGGUGAUGAAGCUGCCAGGGCAGCAACUAAUAGAGACUUGGCUUCCAUUCGUUAUCUCAACCGGUUAGAUGUGAGUAACGUUUGUCAUCUUUGCACUGCCAUUGUGGAUUAUUGUGGGCAGAGAGUUCUUUGUCAAACUCCGGUUCCAGGAAUUUUCACUGGGGUCGCAUCCGAUACCGACGGUGACUCUGAAUCUGAAUCUCCAUCAGAUGUUCUUUAUGGUGGGUCAGAAGCUAAUACCCGGUUGUCAAGUAAUGAAAAGUUUGUACCAAAACUCAAACCAAUUGCACAAGCUUUUCAUUUGAAAGAACAUAAAGUCUGGACAAAGGAUGGAUCCCAGUCUACCAGCCUAGUCACUUCCAUCGAAACCAAAGGAAUGAAGGGUAACGAUGGUCGUUCUUACAUUAUGGACUUGUACCGAACUAGUCCUUUGGACAUUGAGUUCAUUGAGGCUCACUAUAAUCCAGAUGCAGAUUCAUCUUAUCCUCAUAGAGAAGUCACCUUAAGGCACGAAGCCAUUGAGGAAUGGUGGAGAAGGCAAGUCAGCGUUUUGGUAAACAAUGAAACUCAAAAACUAGAGGAAAAAAGUUCUGAAGAUUCUGCAUCUGAAAAAGGUGGAGAGAAAAAGCCUGUUAUCGCUAUUGAUCCUGAUGCCUGCACGUUGAAUCCAGAUGCUUUUUCCUUAAACAAAGCUGUAGCUCCUUCACCAGAAGAUUUAAAGGAAUUGGAAGAGGAUGAAUCCAGAGUUCGUGAAGUGUCUAAGUUUGUUACCGAAAUUUUGAUUCCAGAGUUUUUGGACAAUAUCGCAGAUUCGAAUAUAAUCACUCCUAUUGACGGAGCCCAUCUGUCAACUCUUUUGCAUACGCAAGGAAUUAACAUUCGUUACUUGGGUGUGAUCGCUUCCAUGAUUGUCGAUCGUUUGAAUAAGUAUGAAAAUGAGCUCAUCGAAUCCAGAAAGAAAAUAGAAGGAAUAAACGAAGCACUAGAGAAGAAGAAGGCUGAGGCCAGAAAGCAGCUCAAAGAACAAAAGAAAAAAUCCGAAGACUCGCCAAAGGAGGAAUCGAAUGAAGAUUCUAAAGAAGAAACAACUGAUAGAGCUGACUUCUACCCUGUUAAAUCUUCUCUCAAGUCUCUUCUUACUGUGGUUACCCAAGAAAUUAUUGCUAGAUCUACGAAGCACCUCUUGAGAAAACAAAUCGCUUCUUUGCCGCUUCCUUUUGCCCCUUAUGUCAUCACUCAUAUUUUCAACUGUUUAUUGGGUUCAAAAUUCAAUCCAGAACCUAAGAUAUUCGUUGACGAGAAUUUGUCCAUUUAUGAUGCAGAUCUUUCUUUCACCCAAUGGACUUCAAAGGAUGUUGUUGAAUUAAUUAGUAAAGAGGCCUAUGUAAGAUUCAGAUACAUUAUUCCUGAUACUUGGUUUACAGAAAUUAACGAGAUCGUCCUUCUUCGUGAAAUUAGUACCAAGUUUGGUCUCCAAAUUAAGGGACGCAACUACCAGUUUACUGCCGCUCGAUCUACUGAAGCUGAGGUAACUCCAGAAUCUAAACAAGCGAAGAAGGGCAGGAAGACUAAAGAACUUGCUUCCGAAGUCUCCACAAAUAUCACCACUACUGGAGUAUUUUCGGUUGAUGACAUUGUGGCCAUCGUACCUAUCGUUAAAGAAUCCACGUUCCGUUCGACUCUGGUGGAAGAGGUCUGGGAGAGUGGUAGAACAUUUAUUGCAAAGAAGGAGAACGAACAGGGAGUUGCUCUUCUGAAUCAGGCAACUACUCUGUAUGAGCAAGUGUACGGUCCAGUUCAUAAAGAGGUUGCUGACGCCUACAGUUUAUUGGCCCAAAACUAUGCGGAACUUUCCUCGUUCGGAGAAGCUGCAACUCUCAGUAGAAGAUCUGUGAAUUUGACCGAGAGGACUGCAGGCUUUGACUCAUAUUCUACUGUUCUUGCCCUAAUCAGUAGCGGCUACUUCGAAAAUCAGAAUGGGGACUAUUUGAACUCUCUGAAGAUCUACAAGAAUGCUCUACAGUUGUGGAAAACUAUAUCUGUGAUGGAACACCCUACUGUUAUCAGCACGCUGGAAAGCGUCGCUUCAAACUUGCAGAACCUAGGGCUCCAUGCUGAAUGUUUGGCCGUCUUAGAGUACGUUCUGAAGUUGAGUGCCAAAGUCAACGAUGAAGACUCCACCAUUACCGCUCUCCAAUUAUUCAAACGUGGUCAAACUAAGACUCUGUUGGAAGACUUUAAGGGAGCUCUUGCCGAUGUGUCAACUUCUUACAAAAUUUUCAGAAAGAAUGCUGGUAUCGAUGAUUCUACUACAGCAUGGAUUUACAAAUUGAUGUCACAAUUGACUAAAUAUUCUGUGAUCACUGCUCAAGAGCAGCAAAAAAUGAAGCCGAAUGGUGAACGUGUUAAUAAGAAGUCUUCCAAGUCAGCUGAAAAGAAAAAGGCAACUACUAGUACGGACGAAACUACCCCAGAUCCAGUGAUCGCUAAUCAGUCAAUCGAAGAGAUUAUGAAUUUCAUCGAAGGAACUGCACCAUCUAUCAAAAAAUGA